UGAGUUGUGCAGCGAUGCGGUCACGUGACGUGUGGAAGAGGAAUGCCAACAUGGACCCGUGGCAAGGACGGGAUGUGAGCGUGGGGCGACAAUAACACGACGGAGGAGAGCAGAAAACAGCGAGAAGACGGAGAGAGGUCGACGCAUUGCCGAGCCUCCUUCCGGUAAGACACGGUUUCUGUGACUUCCUGCCCCGGGUGUUUUUUUUUUUUUAUUCUCAAUGGUGUCCCUCAGCAGCAGAACACUGACUGUGGAGUCUGAGCUGUUCAGGGACAGCAGCAGCAGCCUGUUCUCCUUCUCAGAGGAGGAUGCGGUGUGCUUGCGCUCCUGCGACAGCCCCGGGGCCUUCCAGCAGGGGGCCCUGCACGGCUCCAGCCCCGAAGAAGAGGAGGAGGAGGAGGAGGACGAGAGCGAAGGCAGCAGCCGGCUGGUUUAUCGAGGCGCGACGGACGACCGGGGAGCGGAUUAUCAGGAGCCUCGGAUGCCGGAGUUUUCUUUCCGCCCAUCUUCGCCGUUCUCUCCCACCCUGGAGGACAUAGAGGAGUUUCUGAAGGAGAAGAUGGAGCAGGUGAGGGCGGACAUGAGGAGCAGCAGAGAGGAAGAUUCUCCGUCGUCCUCCGUACCCUCGGCUUCAUCAACAGAGACUAAAAGUGAGCCAUUAGUUGGUGCUUCCCUCUGCACUUCCUCCUCAGAGACCCCCGAGGAAGAGAAAGAGAAACACGCCCCUGUCCAGGUUGACCCGUCUCCUCUUAGUCACUCAAGCCCUCCUCCAGCCACGGUGACCCCGCCCAUGCUCCUCAGAGCUCCGGUGGUUCUCCAGCUGCAGCCGUUACCUCUGGCCCAGCCUCAGGCCCCCGCCGGCUCUCCUCCGUCAGCCCCGAGCGGCAUCUGGCUCACUCACCUGGUCAUGGGUCUCCAGGGCGCUACCGCUCCAAAUCUCACCCUGGUGGCCCCCCAAGUGUCCUCCACACCCACCACCAGCAGCCUGUUGCCACUCAGCAGCGAUAACAAAUCAGCAGACCAGAAGUAUGUGAAGAUCGCUCCUCUGCCCAUCACUACAAGGACUCUGGAGAUCACAGCAGUGGGGGGCAGUCCAGGGGCCGCCCUCCUGAAGGCAGCGCCCCCCCGGGCAAACAGGGCGUCGCCCACCGAGAGGGUCCACAAGUGCUCCCACCCAGGCUGUGGGAAGAUGUACACAAAGAGCAGUCAUCUUAAGGCCCACUUCCGCCGGCACACAGGGGAGAAGCCGUACACCUGCAGCUGGCCAGACUGCGGCUGGAAGUUCUCCCGAUCGGACGAGCUGUCUCGCCACCGCCGCUCUCACUCGGGCGUCAAACCAUACGAGUGCACUCUGUGCGAGAAGAAGUUUGCCCGCAGCGACCAUUUAAGCAAACACACGAAGGUCCACCGCAGCUCCCGGCCCAGCAGGGUGAUCCGGACCACUGUGUGACCGCUCUGGGCCUGUGCGAACCAGGUCUGGGGCUCAGGCUUCCCUCAGGACUUUUUGGUGCUUUCACAAGCAGAACUUUCCGAAGAAUCCGGAGAGCUGGCUGUUGUUUCCCCCCGGCCCCUUCUGGUUUCCUUCCUUUCUCUUCCUCUCCGCCGUUCUCCUGUCAAUCGUCGCAUCUGAGGAGUUCACCUUAUACAGAGCAAUCAGCCACCUCAGGAAAAACUGAGCCGAGAGAAGACUUCCUGUCAUUCACACGCACAUCACAGGAGACAGUCUUCCAGAGGCCCCUCUUCCAGCCACUGCUUGCACUGCUGCUCCUGGAGCCUGGAACUCCCAGCCGCUUUAGGAAGAGGGACACUAACCAAUAAUGGGAACAUCUGUAGUUGUAUAAUUUCUCGUCUUUACAUCUGCCAGUUGUCCCUCUUCCUUGAAGCCAAAUUUCAGGGUUCACGUGCACAAGAAGCGUCUAACGUUUUCCUCUUCUGUGUCCCGGUUGGUGUCAUGUGAUCCAGUCACAAGGGUUGGAUGGUUACGCUCCUUGUGGCAGCGUUCUGUCCUGGAUGCAAGUAUGAACAGCAAAGCAGAAGACGCGGUUCGGAGCUGCCGUCGCAUUUCAGAGACAAUCGAAUUGUACCAAACUCUGGGCUUCGCUCAAAAUUAUGUAAAUCUGUGCAGAAAUUCCCAAGUUAGUAUUUUAUGCAAUCAACGCUGGCCUUUCGAAGCAUUCACCCAAUCAUGAGCCACUUUAUCUGGAUCUGUAUGCCCAAUCUCUUGAUCGCUGCCUUUUGCCAUGAUCACCAACUUGUCUUCAUCCCAUUGUUGUGUUGUUGUCCGAUGACUGCUCAUAUUUAACUGUGAUUCCCAACAGGGAGGUUGCCAAACCAGAAAUCCCUGUUCCGGUCCCGCAGGAGAGUGAAAGCGACACUCUCGAUGCGUGACCGUCUAUAAGCUCCUUGUUACCGGCAGAUCAGUGUGCAGCCGACUUCUGUGGCCUCGAGAACCGGUGGGCCCGUUGGUGCAACGGUGACAUGAAACACUGCUCUUACUUUAUUACAGUAGCACUUAUUGUAACCAUCAUUAUGUUGGAUUUUAGCAGCAACAAAAGCUAGUAGUUUAAAUAGAUGAAAAAGCAGCUAACAUCUGUCCAAUCGUGUGGAUUAGCAUUAGGCAUGGGCCAGGUAAGGGUGUCAGGGUAUACCAUAUACUUACCUCUGAUACACAGGGUUUCCUCAGUGGGUCGUACCCAGAAAGCCUUCAGAGGGAGACAACCUCAUCAGAUGUUUAAACUACCACAACUGACUCUUUUCAGUGCAAAGGAGCAUCAGCUAAACUAUUUUCUAUGAUUUUAAAGUGCUUUUAGGGUGUUUUCACACCUAAUAGUCCGGUGGACUCGGUUCGAUUGGGGACCAAAACGGUAACAUUGUUCCAUUUUGAGCUGCUGCGGUUCGCUUUCACACUGCAUUGUGUCAAUCGAACCAAACCCUUUGAAAAACCUGUUCCUCCCCUCGCCCGUGGUGGCGUUGUAUUCAGUAUCACUGAAGGAAACAACAAGAAAACCUCCAAAGAAGACACUGAGCGCAACUUCCUCCUUCACGAAAUGCAAACAAAAAAUGGAGUGGCGUCAGAUUUUAGCAGCUACAUCUAGCAAAAAGACAAAACUGCUAGCGGUAGACUCACAGGUUUGUUCUAUUUGUAUUUACCCAGAAUGCCCUGCGCUGUAGUCCGCUUCUUGCUUUUGGAGGGGUCUCUGGUCCACUUGGCAUUCACAUAUGAAUUCGAACCAUGUCAGAGUUCACUUUAAACGAACAGAGACCUAGGUUUGUAGGCGAACGAGAGUUUGCAUCACAGUUCGAUUACAUAUUCACACCUACCCAAACAAACCGGACAUUCUAGGCAAACGGACUGGAGUUUGAGUAAAGCGGACUGAAUAGGGCCGGUGGGCAUGCACCCUUCAUGAAAAACCAGGCAAAGUGUUGGGGUGACUGGAGUUUUCUCUGACCAUGUGGAGAGUACAGGAAAGCAGUGCUGCCCUUCCCCCACCUGUUGCUGUACAUAUCCAGUCAGCUGGCUUAUUGAAGGCAACUCUUUUUUUUCAUACUGAUCAAAAAGACAAAUGUAAAUGUCUUGGAAACAAAAAGAGAAAAAGAUCAGACUUGGUGUGGAAGCUGAAGCAGCAUUGUUCAUUACUCUUAUCAAGGUGUAUUCACCACAGCUGGGAUGCUGCUUGAAAUAAAUGGGUUUUUCUCAAGAUAUUUGUGUUACUACCAUGAAAUAUGGUGUUUAUUUAUAGUUAAACCAUGAGUCUCAUACUGGCCCAUGCCUCAUUAGAAUACUAUAAUGUGUAUGCAAUACAAAGGACAAGAUAACACAUGUACAGUUUGUUGCCUUGAUAUAAUACAUGUUUUUUUUGUUAAUUCAAAGAGGAUUUUCAAUCAGUGCAUUAAGCUAUUUAGUCGUGUUCCUUGAGAACUGUUUGGUCCAUUUUGUAAAGCUUGAUUGUAGCGUGAUCAGUGUGUGGAAUGUAGGACAGUUCAUAGUUUGGGAUUAUGACUCCUACUCUGCCCAUUCACAAACCAAUAAGCUAAAACUGCUGGUUUUUAAGUGCACUUGUGUUUGAAGAACUGAGCCGCCAUCGGCUCUUCCGGGUUUUGUAUUGGAACCAUCAAAUGCGAAACCAAAACAAAACCACAUGCUUUUACAGAAGGUUAAAACAUUUGUUCUUGGAUCUCAACACGUUGGUGCUUUUCGACCUACCAGUGCUUCACAACAACCCUCUGCACACACGAAAGUGGGAAACUUUUACACACCUGGCUCGUCUGGGGGGAACCAGCACACGCACUUACUACUAAAAACUAGCUAGACUAAUCUAGCAUAAGCUCAGCAGACAUCGGUGCUUUUGGAUCAGGCUCAGACGUACAGCCCUUGCUCGUGUAGCAGCCAUUUAACACAGCAGCCAUCGUCACCUCUGUCUCCCAUAGCAUUUAGCGUACUCCCCAGGUUUCACAGUGCAAACAGAAGCUGGCGGUGGAACAGACAGACGGGGCAGGCGUGCUGAUCCGUCUGAACUGGAGCUGUCUUUGUGUCUGAGCCUCCCCAGGCUGCUUCUACUGACCUACAUCCAGACCUGUGCUCUAAUCAUCAUCAGAUUCUCUUUUUAUCCCGCCCACGCCUGUGUAUCUUGUCGAGCAGAUAACCUGCCUGCGUGUAGUAUGUGUUUGUAAAAUUUAUACAUUUAUAGACGUAUACACACACUCGCAUAUAUGCACACUCGGAUACACAUGUUUUUCUUUAGUUUUUUUUUUUUUUUAAUAUUAAAUAUGCUAUUUUCCUAUUUGCAAAAAUAAAAAUGAC